GACCAACACGGCUACCUACCUGUUAUUCGAGGGACAAGCAUGGCCUGGAAACAGUUUAAAAUCAGGAGUGGGGAGCCUUGUUUAUCUCGGGAGUAGCCAGGAUUUAUGUUUUUUUUCCGGGGGGUGUAGAAUCAAGCCUAAAAGGGAUCCAUCAUGGCCAAAGAUAUCCUAGGUGAAGCAGGCUUUCACUUUGACGAACUGAACAAACUGAGGGUUUUGGACCCGGAGGUGUCCCAGCAAACGACUGAGCUGAAAGAGGAAUGCAAAGUAUUUGUAGACAAAAUUGCAGAAUUUAAGAAAAUAGUGGGCAGCCUCAUCGAACUUGUAGAUCAGCUAGCAAAAGCAACCGAAAAUGAGAAGAUUAAGGCAAUUGGCGCUCGCAACUUGCUGAAAUCCAUAGCGAAGCAAAGAGAAGCCCAGCAGCAGCAGCUUCAGGCGCUGAUAGCCGAGAAGACAACACAGCUGGAAAGGUACCGCAUCGAAUAUCAAACGCUGUGUAAAAUAGAAGCGGACCAGAACGAAUUCAUUGAUCAAUUCAUUUUCCAGAAGUAGAGAGAGAGAAUGAGAGAAUUUGUGACCAGCACCAAACACACUGGGAAAUCUUGAACCAUUCCUAUAGUCUAAUGGGGGUUUUUUAGGGGGAGGAAAUGGGAGGGGGCAAUUUUGACCUUUUUAUUUUUUAAAUUGACCAAGAUCACCUCUCAAAAAUGAAACAAAAAAAGGUUAGAUCUUAAAUACACUUUGGACUUAUUCAGGUCUGGCAAUAAGAUAUUUCUAAAAGGUAUUUAGGGACAGCUACAGCUAUUGUAUUUUUAAAGAUUUUUUUAAAAUGGCCAGUCAUUUAUAUCGUCAUCAGACUGUUCUGACUUUUACACAACUUCCCAUUGUUCUUUUUAUAUAUAU